AUGCAUCAACCCGGUCCACAUGAGGAGAUAAGAACUCUGCAAGUUCAAGGAUCAACUAGCCUGCUAGAACAUACCCAAAAUGUAGCAGAUGACCCAAUAGGAGCUGAAGGUGCAGAGAGUGGGCCGGUCAUCUCUCAAGUACCAAGCAGCACCGCAGAGGCUCAGAUUUCUACUGAAAUGCUGGGUGAUACUCAAUUUACAACAAGCGGCACUGUAGAAGACUCGACUGAAGCUGGUGUACAAAAGAGUGUUGACAACACUGUGGACUCUGCAGGGGCGGAAAACAAUACCACAGAAACACAGCCCAUAGCCAGCACAUCACACCUCUCUCAUUCAGAAGCAAGACAACCAGGGAGCUCUCAUGUGCCAGCAAACCAAUCAGAGACACCCUCAACUCUCACAGGCCAGCUUCACCCGUCUCAGCCUGCAGAUUUUCAAUCGGAACUGGAAUCAUCCCAAGCUAGCACAAUCAUUUUUGUCCCAAAUCUGACAAUACAUGUUCAUGCCACACAUUUAUUGGUACAAGGAUGGAACACAUAUGUAUUGGACAAACAGAAAAUUGACAGAUUGACAGCCAGCUCACUGGGCAGCUCCAUGACACAUCUGCACAACCAAAUCUUGACUGAGGAGGGCAAUUGCCAACAAGUGGAGGAAGCAAUUGCGGAAUUGAAGGAGUGUAUAUCACAAGCCUGCAGAUAUUUGAAAGACUGGCCAAACCCUACUCCCCAGGCAUUUGGUGGACUUAGGACUCGAAUCAAAAGAAAAGCUGCCUGGAAGACAGCACAAACCAUUGCCAGUGGUUGA